AUGCAGACCUCAAUACUGGGUAUAACACUAGCUGUUCUGAUUACAGUAGCCAGAUCAUGGGCGGUGGUUGAUGGUAAGUUUAAAUUCCUUUGUCUUAAAAUUGUCAACUAUUCUUUUCUAUCAUAUCAGAUUAUCAUAGAUAAUAAUGUCUGAGCAACUGGUUAGUACCAUAGGUUUAUCUAUUGUAAGGUAACUUCCUCAUGACCUUUAGUUAAGUUACUAGAUUACCUAUUAAACCUAUAGUAAAUCAACAACCUAAAGAUUAUAGUAAUUAGUAACGCAUAUCAUCGUUAAUUAGUUACCUUUUCAAUCGUAAUUUACCGUAAGAACAAGUUAAUCUACAGCUCAUACUACACUUCAUAACAAUAACAAUAUGUUAUCGUUACUAAUUAGGCCGCUCUCCCAUACCACCCCUUUAUAAAUACCCACAGUUAUUGUUAUCGUAGUGUUAUUGUAUUUUAUUGUAGUAACAAUUUUAAUAUAUUUUGCUGAUUUUACUGUAGUAACUACCGACUCUGUAUACUUAUGCUAGUAUCACAAUCUAUUUCAGGACCCUCCUCACAGUACGAACACCCGGAGGCACGGUAUAUGCCCGCGUACGAAGAAGCAUUGUAUCGUCAGAAGUUGCGGCACGCGCUGAGUCUUCUGGAAGACAACAGUGAGACCUCGAUCAAACGGUCUCCAUUACCUGUCGUCAGAAGUCGUGGAGCCAAAAACUCGAACAAGUUCUUCAGAAGGGUAAGUGCGCUUACAAGUGUCAAACUAUAUUGUUUUCAAAGCCUGAGUACUAAAAUUAGAAGAUGUACAAAAGAGUAAUAAUGUUCACUCUAAGGCUAUAUGAAAUGUUAUACAAGCAAGUAACAAACGUACUGUUUCAGUUAUUCUAUGCUAUGAGAACGGGCGUCUGA